AUGUCCUACCCAUCCAGCCUCCCCUCCCUCACCACCCGCGAAGCCAUAGCCGACACCCUCUACCGCUGCGUCGGCGGCUUCGACACCGCCGACGCAGCCCUCUUCGACUCGGCCUUCACCAAAGACGCCACGUUCGACCUGAACGGCCGAGUGCUCGAAGGCCUCGAGUCGAUCCACAAAGACUGCUACGACAAUAUAUCGAAGCUAGAUACGAUCCACUAUAUGAGUAAUGUGCGGGUGAAUGUCAAAGAGGGCGAGGAGAAGGGAUCGUUGACUGCCUCGGCGCUGGCGCAGCACUAUCGGCCCGGGGAGGGUAUACAGGCUGGCACGAAGUAUUUCUUGGCGGGGAGUCUGUAUGAGAUGGAUGUGGUCAGGGAUGAGGGGGAUGGGUUGUGGAAGAUUACGCACUGGAAGUUGAAGAUUGUUUGGGCGGAGGGUGAUUGGGGGGUUGUGCUUGGGGAGUGA